CGGCUGGGGUUGAAAGGAGAAUUGGAACUGGGUUCGCUGUAAGGGGGAGGCAGCGCGUUAAAUCCGCCCCCUCCCCAUACCCUACUUCCCAGGGGGUGGGCGAUAGAGGGGAAGUUGGGGUUGGAGCAGCGGCUAGGGGGCUCCUCCCUUGCACCUCCCCCCACCGGACUUGGUCGCGCCCGAAGUGUAACACUUUCUCUUUGUCGAGGAGCUCCUCUGUUUCCUGUGCAGUAGCUCCCAUUGCGGCGGCACCCUUGGCAGCCCUGGAGGACGCAGGAGCGAUGGCAGCGACUGAUAUAGCUCGCCAGGUGGGUGAAGGCUGCCGAACUGUCCCCCUGGCUGGACAUGUAGGGUUUGACAGCUUGCCUGACCAGCUGGUGAAUAAGUCAGUCAGCCAGGGCUUCUGUUUCAACAUCCUGUGUGUGGGAGAGACAGGUUUGGGCAAGUCCACCCUCAUGGACACCCUGUUCAACACCAAGUUCGAGGGGGAGCCAGCCACCCACACACAGCCAGGUGUCCAGCUCCGGUCCAAUACCUAUGACCUCCAAGAGAGCAACGUGGGGCUGAAGCUCACAAUUGUUAGCACGGUGGGCUUUGGGGACCAGAUCAACAAGGAAGACAGCUACAAGCCCAUCGUGGAAUUCAUUGAUGCACAGUUUGAGGCCUACCUGCAGGAGGAGCUGAAGAUCCGAAGGGUGCUGCACACCUACCAUGACUCCCGAAUCCACGCUUGCUUGUACUUCAUCGCCCCCACAGGGCAUUCACUGAAGUCUCUGGACCUAGUGACAAUGAAGAAACUGGACAGUAAGGUGAACAUCAUCCCCAUCAUUGCCAAAUCAGAUGCCAUUUCUAAGAGUGAGCUGACAAAGUUCAAAAUCAAAAUCACCAGUGAACUUGUCAGCAAUGGGGUUCAGAUCUAUCAGUUCCCCACAGAUGAUGAGUCCGUGGCAGAGAUCAACGGAACCAUGAAUGCCCACCUGCCGUUUGCUGUCAUUGGCAGCACAGAAGAACUGAAGAUAGGCAACAAGAUGAUGAAGGCGCGGCAGUAUCCUUGGGGCACUGUGCAGGUUGAAAACGAGGCCCACUGCGACUUUGUGAAGCUGCGGGAGAUGCUGAUUCGAGUAAACAUGGAGGAUCUUCGGGAGCAGACCCAUACCCGGCACUAUGAGCUGUACCGCCGUUGUAAGCUGGAGGAGAUGGGCUUCAAGGACACUGACCCUGAUAGCAAACCCUUCAGUUUGCAGGAGACAUAUGAGGCCAAAAGGAACGAGUUCCUAGGGGAGCUGCAGAAAAAAGAAGAGGAGAUGAGACAGAUGUUUGUCCAGAGAGUCAAAGAGAAAGAAGCGGAGCUUAAAGAAGCAGAGAAAGAGCUGCACGAGAAGUUUGACCGUCUAAAGAAACUGCAUCAGGAUGAGAAGAAGAAGCUGGAGGAUAAGAAGAAAUCUCUGGACGAUGAAGUGAAUGCUUUCAAACAGAGAAAGACUGCGGCCGAGCUCCUCCAGUCUCAGGGUUCCCAGGCUGGAGGCUCACAGACUCUGAAAAGAGACAAAGAGAAGAAAAAUUAACUCUGCUGUUUGCUGCAUGCUGCAUGAGACCCAGGGUCCUGUAAUCCAUGGCUGUGUACUGAAUAGUAUCCCCUGCUACAGCUGGACUGGACUUCACUUAGCCUUUUAAGCGAAGGUUCCUAUUCUGACAGCCUUUCUUUGGGGUGUCAGGCAGCCCGGUCCCCUACCCCUGCUGUGUACUUCAAGCCCCACUUCUUUUUGAGUUGUGCAACUUGCUCCUGCCUCCCAGUCCCACUGGCACUGACCAUGACCUUCAUUUUUCUUUUUGAGGUUGUUUUGUGAUUACUUCCUUUUAAAACACAGUCACACAAGGCCAUGCCAAAUUCCCAGGCCUUUUUGAAGUGUUGAGAAAGGGGAAGGAAUUACUUUCUUCAAUCAUGGAUAAUACUAGGAAGCAAAAAGUGAAAAGAAAACAAAUGCAUUCUCUUUUCUUGUUGGCAAAGCACAAAUACAGUUCUGAUACUAGUAUGUCUUGGUUGGUGAUUGACUGGUUACUGGCCAAAGCAUAAGCCAAAUUCUUGAGAAAAUCCAAAUCAACAUGGAGCAUUUGAGGAGACCCUAUGCUUGGAGGUAAAAAACAAACUACCACCACCACCAGUAAAACCCCCAAAACUAAAACAAACCAAAAAUUUCAGAUACUCAGCCCGUAGCUAAGAAAUUAGAGCUGUUAGAUCUCCUUGGGAAAGGCUUCUUGUUUGCACCUUUGAUGUUGCUAAAUCCACCUUCUCAGGUUAGCAACCAGUAAUCACCAGCCCCCUGGAUAAUUACUUCCAUUACAAACAGGAGACCCCUUAUUUGUAUUUGUUUACAGAUCACUUGAGGUUUGAGGAUCUCAAAAUACUUCAAAAGUAUUAGAGCCACACAGCUUAUGAGAGACUUUCAGAUACUAAAGAAUUUUUCUAUCAAAGGGAGAAGUUUUGCUCAGUAAGACAGAAUCUACUUAACACUGUAAGAGGAAACAGACUCAGAAAAGUGAAGGGACUUGCCUAAGGUCCUACUGCUGAGUCUUGACAAAAGCCAGGCUAAAUUCCAUGUCUCUAGAUACCCAAUCCAUUUCCUCAAGGGAAUCCAUCUGCUUGUGUAUGUUCCCGGAAGCAAGAUCUUUUGAUGAAACCAGAUAGUGUUAGAGGACCCUUGAGGGUUCCCUCCCCCCAUAGGAAAAAAUAAUCUGAGAUGGGACAUUUGGGGGCAGGCAAGGAAAAGGCUCCAGGCCAGGUCUUUAAUUUAACCAAGUGCUGCAGUUAAGAGGAGUCACCAAGGCGCCUUUUAGGCCUUUUAGCUGGUCAGUCUGGAUGGAGCCCAGGCUAGUGUGUGUUUAACAGGUGUUGUGGGUGAUCCUUAUAGUCAGGGGAAGUUUGGUAAAGAUCUAACUUAUGAGUGAAUACAAGGCCUUUAAAAGUCAACCAAGCAUAGGGUUAGAGAUUUAGCUCAGCGGUUCUGUUGCCUGCCUUGCAAGCACAAGGUCCUGAGUUUGAUCCCCAGUACCAAAAGGAAGUCAAUCAAACCCAUUAAAAUAAUCUAAAUGCUUAUUGCAUUGGCUAGUUUUUCUCACUGAAGACCGAAAGCAUUUUUUUCCUUCUUCACAGAAAAGGCUUUUAAUUAGUACAGUUAUUACCAAUUUUUUUUUAAAAAAACCCAAGUUCUCUGUUUACUUUUGGUGAAAUAAAACCAGUCAUUAGAAAUGGUCUGUUAUUUUCCCAGGCUGUAAUGGCUUUUCUGAAACACACACACACACACACACACACACACACACACCCCUUCGUUUCUCUCAAGCCAAGAAGUUUGCUUUCCUCAGCUGCAGUUUGGAUCGCUUUUUAUUUUUUGUUUUAAUCAUCUGGCAUUUACAUGUGGCUGUUGAUAUGUGCUUGUUUUUAUUAAAACAAGAAGCUUUAAAA